AUGACAGCCAACGAGUGGGCAAGGUCCGGCGCCAGCGUCUGCCAAAACCUGAAUCACCUGAACUUGGGGCGCAUGGAGCUGAAAAUUGGCAACCUCGGAUACCUGGAGCAGCAGCAUAUUCCGGCAGAGGAUAAGCUGGCCCAAGUGCUGGGUGCCAUGCGCUGGGCUAGCAAUCGCUGGCAAGCAUGCACUUAUCUGCAUAUCCGGCUGUAUACCAGGGUGCAGAUUCCAGGUGAGGAUGCUGCAGACUUGGCAUCAAGGCUCAAGGAACGCAGCCCACAACACCUCAAGACCCUUGGGCUGCUGGCAAUCCACCACAAUCUAGCAGCGGGGUGCAUAUUCGAGGCGCUGCUGGCCAGCCUGAAGCUUGACGGCCCCUGGGAAUGCCUCAAAAUGGGUGAUGAGACGGAGGUGCCAAGCCUGCCAGCGCUGCGCAAUGUGACGCUCUUCCACAUGGACGAUGUGAUUGCUGAGAAGGACAUUGGGCACUUUGUAGCUCCGCUGUCCUGCCUUGAAGUCUUAGACCUCAGUGCCAUGUUUGAAUGCCUCGCAGUUCUGAAUCUGGGGCACAUGCGGAGGCUGCAGCGGCUGGGAACUGGUUGA